CUCAAAGAACCUAGAAAGAGAAAUGUCCGCAAACGAAAUACCCGACGAGCUAUGGAGAAGGAUCCUGGAGGUUGGCGUAAAGUCAUCCUCUUUCUCCUACAAAGAUCUCUGCUGCAUCUCCAUCUCCUCUCGCCGUCUCCGCCGUUUGUCCUCCGAUGAUUCCCUCUGGGACCUUCUCCUCUUCCAUGAUUUCCCCACCCCCACUAUCUCUGCUUCCUCUUCUCAACUUCCCACCAAGUUUAUCUACAGGACUAGGUUUGAGAGGGACAAGGAGAGGAAAUUAGCUGCCCAUAGGAGAGCUCUACUCAGGAAGGAGAGUGAGAUUUCUGAAUGGAGACGGAGGAUUCGUGAAUUGGAGGCUCGAUUGACUGAAGAGGCUGAGAGGUUACAGUCUGCUUCUCGGGAAUUUUCAGAUUUGCACAAAGCGAGGCAAGCAUCAGUAGCUCUGAACGUUUGGCAGCCAGAGGUCGUACGUGGAAGACAGAGACAAUUGGUUGAGCAAAACGCUGUUCCAGUUGAGGGUCGAUUGCGUGCACUUGAGAUGGAGAUAAAGUUAUGCAAGCAGCAAAUCAUGGGUGUGAAUAGGGCUCUUAAGGAGGUAAAACAGCGAUAUGACAUAGCCGUAAAAGAGCUAGAAUCCAUGAAGUAUCAUCCUUUACGAGAUUACAAGUCGAUAAGCAGUGGUGACCAAGGAAGUAAUAGCAAGACGAAGAAGAUGAAAACGAGCAUUAACUAUAGUGGAGACCAAGUAAGUAAUGGCAAGAGGAAGAAGCUGAAAACGAGCAUUAUCUGUAAGUUUUUGAACAUUUCCAACUUUUCUUCAUGUAGUAGUGUUGCCGAGAAAUACUAUUCUUACUGUCCAAAUAUAAUCAAUAAGUAUGUUCCUGAAAAUCUGCUUGUUCUUCAAAGUAUGACACAAUGCAAUGCAGAAGAGUUUUAUGCCGAUAUGGACUGUUUGAAAGUAUGAUAUGGAGCAAUAUUAUUGCAAUCUCAUCGAUGAGUAAAUGUUGAAUGUUUAAAAUUAUAGAUUUAAAUUAUGAAUCAUGGUUAUCUAAUCAGUGGUAUCGAUAAUGAUUUUUUAAUAUACUUGUGAACACGUGUUGCCUGGAUUCCG